UAACUAUGCUCGAUAACUAUCAUGAGAAUAAAACUUUAAACUUUUCAAAGUAGAAAAAAAUUACUAAGCCACAUUUAAUAUAAAUAUAACUAAGCAGACAUUUGUGUCCACCUAACACAUUAGGGGGAAAAGCCCGUACUUUAAAACACUGUAGUUAGCCUUUUUUCAGGAGAAAUAGUGUCUACAUAAAUAACAAAAGGAGCCUUCUUAACUCUAAGGACCUGAAAUACAUACUAGUACAGUUUAAUGUUUUAUUCAAAGAUAUUGGAAGAUUUAUUUGCAUCAAGGUUACUACCAGUACAAAACAUGGAACCAGCCACAUUGUAGUGAAUAAAAACCAUUAACCAUGUAAGUUCUCCUGAACCAAGUACUUCAGAUUCGUAGCCCAUAUUUGCAGUCUUAUUUACGGUCUUAAUCAUUCCAACAAUAUUUCUGUGAUUGUUUCUGUGUAACGAACUACUUUUUCUGAUUUUUGAUCAGUGAUCUUUGACUGUAACAGAAAAGAAAGUUUAAAUGUUAUGGAAGGAAUUGAGAUGCUAAGGAUCAGACCUGGUGUAGUAGCUUAAAGACUGGCUGUCUUGAUUGAUAUGGAAGAAGGGGUAGUGAAUGAAAUUCUGCAGGGACCACUGAGAGAUGUAUUUGAUACGAAACAGCUGAUCACUGAUAUUUCUGGCUCAGGAAAUAAUUGGGCUGUGGGUCACAGGGUUUUCGGCAGUCUUUACCAAGACCAGAUUUUAGAGAAGCUCAGAAAGUCGGCAGAGCACUGUGAUUGUUUGCAGUGUUUCUUUAUAAUACAUUCCAUGGGAGGAGGAACAGGAUCUGGACUUGGCACAUUUCUUUUAAAGAUGCUUGAAGACGAAUUCCCAGAAGUGUACAGAUUUGUGACUUCCAUUUAUCCUUCUGGUGAGGAUGAUGUCAUAACCUCACCUUAUAAUAGCAUCUUGGCAAUGAAGGAACUUAAUGAGCAUGCAGACUGUGUGUUGCCCAUUGACAAUCAAUCUUUAUUUGACAUCAUUAGCAAAAUCGACCUCAUGGUGAAUUCUGGAAAGUUGGGUACAACUGUGAAGCCAAAGAGUCUGGUUACUUCAAGUUCUGGGGCUUUAAAAACGCGGCAUAAGAAGCCCUUUGAUGCAAUGAAUAACAUUGUGGCAAAUUUGCUGCUCAACCUAACGAGCUCUGCAAGAUUUGAAGGAUCCCUUAAUAUGGACCUUAAUGAAAUCAGCAUGAAUUUAGUUCCUUUUCCUCAACUUCAUUAUCUCGUGUCAAGCCUAACACCUCUGUAUACACUGACAGAUGUUAACAUUCCUCCUAGAAGAUUGGAUCAGAUGUUUUCAGAUGCCUUCAGUAAAGAUCACCAGCUGCUUCGGGCGGACCCCAAACACAGUCUUUACCUUGCCUGUGCGCUCAUGGUUAGAGGAAAUGUACAAAUUUCAGAUGUUCGUAGAAAUAUUGAAAGAUUAAAACCAUCUCUACAAUUUGUCUCCUGGAAUCAAGAAGGCUGGAAGACCAGCCUGUGUUCCAUACCUCCUGUGGGCCAUUCUCAUUCUUUAUUAGCUUUAGCAAAUAACACAUGUGUGAAGCCCACCUUCAUGGAACUGAAGGAGAGAUUCAUGAGGCUCUACAAGAAAAAGGCUCACCUUCAUCACUAUCUACAAGUUGAAGGGAUGGAAGAAAGCUGUUUCACAGAAGCUGUGUCAUCUUUAUCAGCACUCAUACAGGAAUAUAACCAACUGGAUGCCACAAAAAACAUGCCUGUGCAAGAUUUACCCAGACUAAGCAUAGCUAUGUAAAAAAGAAACCCUCAAAAAUACUUUCUUAAUUUCACAUUGUUUUUUCUGACCUUUCUGUUUCAAUAUUUUUGUAAUUUGGAAACCAGUUUUUUCAUAUGAGGAAAUAUUUUUGUCUAAAAGAGUGAUUUCUGUUUAAUCACAGUUUGUUGGUAAUACCAAUGUGUGAAAUUAAUGAAAUCUUAGUACCUUAACUUCAAACAUUUCUCUUCAGAAAAGUUCCCUUUUCUAAAAUUGAGAGAACAGAGUUCUUGAAUAUUUUGCUGUAUUUAUAGCCUCAUAUUUAGGCAUUUAUGCACUGAUGAUCAUAUCUUCAAUUAAAAUCUUGUAUAGAUAUAUUUGUAUAAUUAUUUAUAUUUUGAUAUUCUAUUUAAGUUAUCCUGACUGUUUAAACGUAGAUCCUGGGAGUAGAAGAACGCAGUAUAAAUAUUUCCAUGUAAUAGCCACUAAAUUUUCAGGCAUAGGCUUUAUUACAACUGUUAAGGAGGUUUUGCUGCUUCUUUUGAUAACAAUUUGUUUGCUCAAAAGAAUCCUAAUUUGUACACUUAACAUGUAUUUGUAUUAAACUUUUUAAAUAAUUGCUUUCUUAUCAAACCAAUUGAUUUUAUAAUAAAUGUCCAUAUUUUUCAACAGUACUACUUGUUAUUGUUCUGCAUGUCAUUUAUACAAAUGAACAGAAUGUUACUAAGCUUGAUAUCUUCCAAACUUUGCAAUAAAUGGCUGUAAUUGUUCCAGUUACUAUAAUCUUCA